AAAAAAAAGAAGAAAGUUGAAAGGAAAAUUUAAUUUAUUUCUACUGAUCUACUUACUUACUACUGAUCAUAAGGAUAAUUGACAGUAAUAUAUAUAGCUCAAGUAAUUUGUUUUAUGACUGACUACGGCCAUUUACCCACUUACUGAAGACCAUAGUGUUUAGUUCCUCCAUACCGAUUAAGAAAAACACGAGCAAGCGUGAGUGCAUUAUCGAGUCAAGUAGAUUGUUUACAUCCAAUUGGUUCACUAAAGUCAACCAAUGGACAAAGCAACCAAUCAGAAGCCAGAAAUUGUGACAAGCCAACGAUUGCCCUCAUUGGCUGUCGAUCGUACACAGACCACAUGUCUAACCUCUGGAAAUAAUCUUGUAAAAGCUCAUAUGUCAAAUCAAUCAUACGACAGUAGCUACGAUUGUUCAACUAAUUUUCAUCAAUAUCCUACAUCUUUACCAAAUCAGUCUAGUUUAAAAGAAUCAAUAUUUCAUGAAAGUAAUGAGGAUAAUAAUGGAGAUACAAAGUCAACUAUCAGUAGUGGUCAACAAAAACAUGGUUUGAUUAAGAAAUUAUUAAAUCGAACACAUUCAAAUAAUAUUAAUCAUAUUACUAGUAGUAAUAGUAGUUCAGAGAAAUUGAAAAUCUUAGAAUUACGAUCUCAUCGUCGACCGCAACAGGCCACAGACGCUUUACAGAAAGUUAUGGGAAAUGUUCAUCAUGCUAACCCAAGCUAUGGAGCUGGUGUUGGCGGUGGGGUUCCUCAUUCUCCCGAUGGAAAUGUCACCAAUAAGGUAACUAAAAAUGUAACCAAUACAAAAUCACAUAAUAAACAGUUAGUCAUACAUAGUCAUCCAACUAACCAACAAACAUCAUCUUCAAAUGAUGAUCAUCUAUCGUCAUGUGGUAAGACUAAUCCACAAUCAAUUAACAGUAGCCAUACUAUUACUACUACUCCUAGCAAUAAUAAUAAUGUUAUUAAUGGAGUUAUAAAUAAUCCAUCUAAUCCUACAACAACAAAUGAAACAAUUGUCCAAUUACAAGAAAUGAUUGCACAUUUAAAAGCUGUUGUCAAUGCAAAAGAUCAACGAAUACAAGAGCUUGAAAGGGAUAAGGAUAAACUGCGCUCUGUACUUCAUCAACAGUUAACUAGUAGUUGGGACGAUUCAACAUUAUCUUCACCUGUUGAAGGCCUUAAAGUGAUUCACGAGGAUCUCCCAUCUAUCAAUGAAACAAAUGUUAAUAAUAAUAUCAAUGAUGAUAAACGAAAUGAUGAUGAAUCCCAUAGUCCUUCAUCAUCAUCAUCUACGCCAGCUGGGUCUCCGCCAGUUACUGAUGUCACUACCCCUCCUCCCGCAGCAGCUUUGUUACUUCGUAAACGUUUAGGUGUCUCUGGUGAAUCAAUGAAAUGUGCACAGGAAUUAGUUUACCAUGAUAAAGAUGCCAAUUCUCGCCGACAAAUACGUGAAGCUUUACGAAGUAAUGAUUUAAUCAAGAAUUUAGAUGCAGUUCAAUUACAAGAGGUUGUCUCUUGUAUGCAUGAACAAACAGUGCCAGCUAACUGUUAUAUUAUACGUGAAGGCGAUGAUGGUGGACAUUUGUAUGUCGGUGAAGAGGGUGAAUUUGAAGUUUCAAAAGGUGGUAAACGUCUGUAUAUUAUGGGAGCUGGUCGUUGUUUUGGUGAAUUAGCUUUAUUAUACAAUUGUAAACGUACAGCAUCUGUAAAGGCUGUAACUGAUGCACGUGUUUGGGUGUUGGAAAGAGCAUGUUUUCAAGCGAUUAUGAUGAAAACUGGUUUGGAGCGUAUUGAAGAACGUAAAGCAUUUCUACGAAGUGUACCAUUACUCAAAGAUUUAUCACCUAAUCGAAUAUUGCGAAUCGCUGAUGCAUUAGAGGCUCAAUAUCAUUCAGCUGGUGAUUGUAUCAUAAGGCAAGGUGAACUGGCUGACAGUUUCUUUUUAAUUCAAUCUGGAAAGGUUCGAGUCACUAUAUCCUCACCUCAAAAUGGUUCAACCGAAACCAAAGAAACUGAAAUUAGACAAUUAACCAAAGGUGAAUAUUUUGGUGAAAAAGCAUUACUCGGUGAGGGUCGUCGAACAGCAAAUGUUUAUGCUGUUGGUCCUGGUGGUGUUGAAGUAUUAUGUUUAUAUCGAAAAGACUUUUUGGAAUUGAUUGGUGAUAUACAAGAAUUGAAAAAUAAAGAAUAUGCUGAUGAAGAAACACGAUUAUUAGGCCAUAGUUCAUUUUCACAAGAAUCAUCCAUUGUUAGUAUAAGCACAAAAGAUACCGGAAAAUUAGAUUUAACUUCAACAAAAAGUCAAGAUGAAUUACAUACAAAAUUCGGUUUAAUUAAUCAACCAUUACUACCGGCUAGUUUAUCAUUACAACCGAAAAUUCAAUGUAAUAUACUAUUGAAAGAGUUAGAACAUAUUUGUGUACUGGGUGUCGGUGGUUUCGGUCGAGUGGAUUUAGUAACAUUAAAAAAUGACCGAACUCAAGCAUUUGCAUUAAAGCGAUUACAAAAAGCACAUAUUGUACAAACUCGUCAACAAGAACAUGUAUAUUGUGAAAAAUUAAUUCUUUCAUCUGUUUCAUCACCGUUUAUUUGUCGAUUAUUCAAUACAUAUCGUGAUAAUAAAUAUGUAUACAUGUUAUUAGAAGCAUGUUUAGGCGGUGAAUUAUGGACUAUACUUCGUGAUAGUCAUCAUCUUGAAGAACGUACAGCAAGAUUUUGUUUGGCAUGUUGUAUUGAAGCAUUGGAUUACUUACAUCGUCAUGGAAUUGUCUAUCGUGAUUUAAAACCAGAGAAUAUGCUGGUUACAUCCAAAGGUUACAUUAAAUUAUGUGAUUUCGGAUUUGCCAAAUACAUUGGAAUUGGUCAAAAAACAUGGACAUUCUGUGGUACACCAGAAUAUGUUGCACCAGAAGUAAUUCUUAAUCAAGGACAUGAUUUCGCUGCAGAUUAUUGGUCGUUAGGUAUUUUAACUUUUGAAUUACUUACAGGCGCUCCACCGUUUCAAGCAUCAGAACCAAUUAAAAUUUAUAUGAAAACAUUGAAGGGUAUCGAUGCUUUGGGUUUGGCACAAAACAAGUAUAUCAGUUUAAAAGCUUUACAAUUUAUUCGACGAUUAUGCCGAUUUAAUCCAUCCGAAAGACUAGGUGUUGGUAAAUACGGAAUUCAAGAAAUACGUAGUCACAAAUAUUUUCAAGGAUUUGAUUGGGCUGGUAUAGUUAAACAAACACUGACUACUCCAUUCAGAGUUAAAUUGAAUGGACCAUUGGAUCAUUCGAAUUUCGAUCGUUUCACAAUGGAUGAACAAGAAGCUCCAGAUGAAUUAUCAGGAUGGGAUGCAAAUUUUUAAAGUUUAUUCAUAAAUACGUACAUACCUGUGCAGGUACAUCUACAGAUACACACACAUAUAUACACGCUGACAUUCAUUUUGUCUUUCUUCUGUUUAUAAUUUGUUGAAAUCCAGAAAGGACCAAUGAAUGCAUGAAUGAUUGAAGCACUGAAUACAACUGUACAAUUAUCUUACAUUGUCUUCUUAUCUCUCUCUUUCUCCUUCUCUUUCUCUCUUAUCAAUACUGUUAUUUUGAUCAAAUGAUACUGUAGAUUAGUCUGUAUUUAAUGUGUGUGUAUGUUGAGUUUUUUUUUUACUAGAUGGCCAACGUAUAAUACUUAUCAUUUAAGCUUGAUGCGAUCCAUUUCCCCCUCCUUUUUUUUCUCUCUCUCUCUCUCUAAUUAUUUUCUGACAUGAAUUUUCAAGUAUCGAAUCGAAUCCGUCACCAAUAUAGACUGUAAAUUUUUGAGUAUCUUCUAUCACAUGUAUUUAUGUGUAGGUCUAUAAGAACUAUGCCUUAGUUUGCGUGUGUGUGUGUGUGCAUGCGUUGUGUCUGUUUUCUUUUUUUGUUGUUGUUGGUCGACAUGUCUGUAUGUCUACUUUUUUGUUUUUUGAUUAUCUAACAAUUUCAUGGAAAUAAGAAGAGAGUUAUUUGUUUUAUUUAUUCAUUUCUAAAAAAAUUAUUUACAUUACACUACUGAUUUCGGAGUUUUAUUAAUUCAAUUGUUCAUGAAUAUUGAAUAUACAAUAGCAACAAGAAAAGAAAGUGUGAUAAGUGGAUUUAUUCAGAGAGAUACUAAAUAAAUUGACCCCCCUUCCUCUUCCCCCCCCAUAAAAGAUACAAUUGUUUAUACUUCUCUUUUAUUGUUUUUAUCAAUCAGUUAUUUCAACUGAUUCCUGUUGUUGUUGUUGUCGUCAUCAUCAUCAUCAUCGUCGUCGUCCUUAUUUUCAGAAUAUAUAUUUUUCUUUCUUGUUAUACAAAAUAAAAUAGAUGAUUACUAUAAUGUUGAAAAUAUGUGCCUCAUUGUUGAUGUUUUCUUCCGCUUCCCUUCUUGAUUUUCUCUGUUUUUCUUUUGUUUACUUCUUUGUUUUCAAUUCUAUUCUAAGGUGAAAUAAUACUGCUGUUUUGAUCACUGCUGACUUGUGUUUAUAUGACACAUAUACACGCAAACAAACAUAUACCUUUCUUUUUGAAAAAAAUGAAGAAAGAGCUUAUUCAUGUUUAUCUAUUUCCUUUUGUAUGUGUGUGUGUGUGCAUAACAUUGUUUACAACACAAGAACGAAACAUGAGAUGAUGACUGAUUAUAGUUGACGGUUACGAUUUUAUUAUUCGACGAGAAUGUAGAUCAUUAUCAUUGUGAUUGGAAUAUAACAAGACAUGGAAUAAAACAUGAUUACCAUUAAUGCUCUGGGUUUCCUUAUUCUUAUUGGUCAUAUAUAUAUAUAUAUAUUGUAUACAUAGAGGAAGGGAGUGAUUUUUCACAAUUUUAAACAUGAAAUUAACAAAGUAGAAUAAUUCUUCUUACUAAUCAUUCAUAUCGAUGCUAUUGUAUACUUCUAUCUGGCUAUAUCAUUAUAUAAGUUACAUUCAGAUUUUCCUAUUUUGUUCUUGAAUAUAUUUUUCUUUUGUGAAACCCUGAUACAGGUAAGUAGAUAGAUAGGUAGGUAAAUAGAGAUGUUUAUAUAUAUGCAUGCAUGAAUGCCUCCGGAAUCGAUUCUGUCGUUUCAAUCUCCUCUCUCUCUCUCUCUCUCUUUGUAUGUGUAUGACAUAACAGAACAGAUGUAAAACAAGCUGAAUAAAAUAUACAAAAAGAUUUCGAUUAUUCCAUUGGAAUGAUUGAUAAUGAUAAUGUUUGUUCAUCAGAUGUGUUUGAAUGAUUUGUAUAAACUCAAUUAUCUCAACAAUAUCAUCUUUCCUAUUAUGUUUUGUUGGUGUUGUUACUGCUGUGUAUUUAUUAUUAUUAUUAUUUUUUCUAAAUUAUUUAUAGCGAUGAUGGUCUGUGUAGGGAGUUUUCAUGAACUCCCUAAACCUGUUAACAUAACUACUGCGAAAAAAAAGAAUCAUUCAGUAGUUACUUGUUUCAUGAAGUAUGUCGCUUUAUUAGUUGGAUACUCUUUUAUCUGCGUUGAUUUUUUCCCUAUUCGCCUUCUUUUUUGUUUGUUUGUUUGUUAACAAUUCACUUUACAUUGGAUUUGAUUAGUGUUAUUAUUGUUAUUGGUGUGUUAAUAGUUCCUUUUGGUCAUCGAUUUAUUCAAAUGAUUCAAUACUACUACUACUACUACUACUGCUGUUUUGUUAGUAGUAAUUAACGUUCUGCUGUUAUAACUUUUAAUUAAAUGAUGUGUGUUGUAUAUUCAAAUUUUAAUCGAUUCUUUUUCCUCUUUUUCUUCUUCUUCUUUUCGAACUAACUAUCAUCUUGUUCACUAAUGUUUACACAGUUUUGUUGUUGUUGUUCUGUACUUCUGUUUUUUUCAUUCUAAUUACAGGAGGUGAAUGGGAACAAUGAAGUAUGUGAUGAACCCUCUUGUUUGUUUUUUUUUUCCACUCAGUUUUCUUUUUUCAACUGUUUUUAAUUUUUUUUUCUUUAUUCAUUUACAUGAGAGAAUUGAACAUGAUGUCUCUAGUUUAUUCACUCAUUCACUUCAUUAACUCUCUUUCUGUGUAUUUGGAUAAAAAUUCAAUAAUCCUAUUUCAUCAUUCAUACCAUAAAGAGAUAAUGACAUCUUGUCAUCAUAUAAAUAAAAUUAAUAAUAAAUAGUGGAAUAAUUAAUUAUGAAUAAAUAAAAUUAAUACAAUUUUGUUUUAC